AUGUGUGGCAAGUUCCUGAGGCAGCUGUUGGCUAAGGAGAGCCAGCAUUCCACCCCCGUGGGGCGCUUCCUACUUCCGGUGCUCAUGGGAUUCCGCCUCCUGCUUCUGGUUUCCAGUGGACCUGGGGUCUUCGGUGAUGAAGAGAACGAAUUCAUGUGUCAUUUAGGACAGCCAGGCUGCAAGACCACUUGCUAUGACAUCUUCCGCCCCCUUUCUCCAUUGCGCUUCUGGGCCUUCCAAGUCAUCCUGAUGGCUGUACCCAGUGUCGUUUACAUGGGUUUCACUCUGUAUCAUGUGAUUGGAUAUUGGGAGGAACCAGAAAAAGAAAAUAAGGAACAAGAGACACGGAUUUGCAAGGGGGACCAUAGCAAGGGUGUCUCAGGGGCUGGAAGCCUCAAGCUUCUCUGGGCCUAUGUGGCACAGCUUGGGGCGAGGCUGGUCCUUGAGGGAGCAGCCUUGGGAGUUCAGUACCACCUGUAUGGCUUCAAGAUGCCCAGCACUUUUAUAUGUCGUGAGGAUCCUUGCAUCGGCAGCACAACCUGUUUCCAGUCCCACCCCUCGGAGAAGACCAUUCUCCUCAAUACCAUGUUUGGAAUCAGUGGGGCCUGUCUCUUGUUCACUUCCUUGGAGCUUAUGCUUUUGGGUUUAGGGAGGUUUUGGAGGAUGUACAAGCACAAACUUUCCUUUUUAAAGAACUUGCGAACCUCAAAGAGCUCCGUAAGACGCAAGGACCCAGCUGAUGACUUGUCGGUGGUGGAGACAAAAGAGCCAUUUUGA